AUGAAGGUCUCAGUCGUUACUCUGUUUUCUGCCGUGGUCGCGGUAUCUUUCGCUGAAGCCGUUCCUGCAUCUCACCCACGACGACCAGACUUGAAGCCCCGGUAUUAUUUCCCCAAGGCUGUGAAGAGACAAGUGACUUCCUUCGCCAACACAACAACCACUACAGAUCCCAGCAGUUCUGUCAGCGAUGACUCGGGAGUCGGGAGCCUUCUCUCCACGCUAGGGAAUGUUCUCUCCGGGGUAUCAUCAGCUCUCUCGGAUGAUACUACCACUUCGAUACCCGCCAGCACUGAUGCAUCAGUGACUGAUUCAGCUGCUACCCAAUCGGCACAGGAGACGACUCCCAUCUUCAUUCCCACCUCUACAGAGUCCGCUAUAGCGUCUGUGACGGACGCGUCCGCAUCCACGUCCACAACCGACAGCACCGACACCACGCCCACGAGCACCGAUCUUUCUGGCACCAUCACCGACGCCGCUAGUAGCAGCACAACUGAUAGCGAGGAUGGUAUCACGCUUGGUCUCAGUUCUAUCUUUGGAAGUGACACUGCCACCGAGACCGCUGCAGCGACGAGCACAGGAACGGAGGCCGCUUCUGCCUCGUCUGCGUCGGUAACAGAUGACGCCUCGUCUGUGCUUUCCUCUGCAAGCGAUGCUGCAACGUCGAUCCUCUCCGUUGCGAGCUCAUUGCAAUCGGUUGCUGCCACAGCGGCUAGUUCAGACAUGGCUUCAAUCUCCUCAGCCUUGUCCUCUGCUGCUUCUGUUGCAUCUUCAAUCGCGUCCGAGGUGAGCUCGGCCGACUCGGACAUCACCUCUUCAGAUCCAGGAAGCGCAGCCACCACGACGUCGGACAUCGCUGCCUUGACAUCCGAACUUGCCUCGUUUAUCUCGAGCCCCACUCCGACUAUCACAGACUCCUCGCCCACGUUCACACCGACUGACUCGUUUACGACAAUUCCCACGGACUCGGUGACUGUGACGCCCAACGACACUACAUUGCCGACGGAGACAAUUACGUCUCCAACGGACACCGCAACCUUCUCUCCUACUGAUACCGCAACAGUGACUCCAACAGACACAGUCAGUUCGACCGAUAGCAGCAUGGUCAUUCCUACCGACACGGGCAGCGCCACAGCGACAGACACCGACACCUUGGCACCCACCGACACGAGCACGGUCACGCCUACUCUCCCUCCUGUUGUGGCCACCAACGCUACCACUGCCACCCCUCCUAUCACAACUCCGACAGAUACCACGACUUUCACACCGCUGGAUACCGUAACUGACACACCUACAGUCACUACAAGUGAUGUCCCUACGAUCACACCCACGGAAACCCCGUCGGUGACGCCAUCGAUUGUUGGUAACGUUACCACUCCCGCGAUCGCGACAAGCGGCAUCACAACUGAGUCAUCUGUACCUGUCAACACGAUCCAACCGACGGGAACAGACUCGGCUACGGCUCUCACACCACAGUCGAGCAUCAUCUCGGCCAGCUCGACUGUGGCGCCUCCUGACUCUACAUCAACAAGCCAGGCUGUGAUCCCAACCACACUUCCUCGAGUCAUUCAACCUCAGGGUGGUGUCCCUGACGCUCCGGAGAACUCCACCUUGAUUCAAAUCGGAUUCACUUAUGCGCUGAAUUACGCCUUCGUCGUCUCCUCUUCCACUGCGGUCUCACAGAUCUUCGCGUACCUCCCCGUUGGUGUCGCAAAUGGGCUUGGUCUCGAUUUGGAUGGAGUCGUCAUGCAGUAUCUACAGCCAUACAACACUUUGGAUACGGUUGACUACAUUACCACCUUGGCAAUGGCUUUUAUUCCCGCUAGCAAAGUCGAUACACUCUCCAUGGAGUUGUUGAAUCCAAACUCGCAGCUCUACCAGAAUUCAAAUCCGUCGGUGGUCACGCUGAUGGGCAUGAUUGAUCCGUCUAUUCCUGUGCUGCCGGGGUCUGCCAUUGCGGGUGCAGGUACCCCCGUCAAUUCGGCAAAUACUGCGGCUACCACGACGGAGAGCAACAAGGCCGAUGACGGCUCUCCCGGCUCGUCAGACUCUGAUAGUUCCCCCGUCCGGCCUUCAUCAGUUGGUAUUGCCGUCGGGGCUGUCGCCGGAGCUGCGGUCUACGGGGCCGCAAUGUUCCUGGUGGCGCGACGGUACCGAAGGAAGAAGGCCGGCCAUCGAAGGGCUAGCAGCAUGCAAUCAGGUCAGCCCAAUGGCCCGGCGGAACAAUCCAACCUGAUGGCUGCAGGAGGCCGAGGUAGCUACGGCACACGGUUCGGUGGACGGACUUCUCGGAACAGCGACCGCAGCCAUUCAAGCCGGAGCGGUCGGACGUAUAUCAGCCCGCCAGUCAUGGCAGAGAACAGCUUGGGCUGGAACUGA